UAUACUAUUGUAAUUAAAUAUAUAUAUUUUAGAUAUUUUUAACUAAAUGGAUAAGUUAGAAAAUUAAAGAAUGAUUAACAAAGCUUAAUUAGGAUUUAAUAAAUUUCACAGUACAAAAGGGCAACAUUGGAAUUUCAGAUUAUAGGCAUGAAGAUUCAUGAGCAAGCGGGGAGAAAGCCAUAAUUUAGAGGACCUUUAAGAAAGCUUUUUCUCUCCUAACACUCGAUCACUUUUCUAGGAGUGGCAACUGGCAAAGUUAAAUUAAUAAUAUCCCACCAAAAAAAUAAUAAUAAUAAGAAGAAGAAGAAUUAAUUACUUGUAUCUAGGUAUUCUACCUAUGGCAGCCGCAACAUCCACCAGUUGCACCAGCUUCUUGAACCUACGAUCAUCAUCAACGAACCAGCAGCAGCCCAAUAAGGUGCGGACCAGGUCCUCAUCAUCAUCGAGCCACGGAAAGCUUGAUGGGGUGGCCAUGUGGCUCUUCAACAGUGUUACCACCGCUUUCUUUGCCUCCUUAGAGAGGUGUUCUUGUAUCCGCAUAGCCACUGUAGACGACGGUGACGAUGCCAACGACUUGCCCUUGAUCUUCAACGAUGGAAAUCUUCCACACGAAGCAAGGACCCUCAGCCGUAGAAGGGUUCGCAAAGGGAAGACUACCAGAACUACUACUACUGCUACUGUUGAUGAUGAGGACGAUCUUAAUUAGUACGUAACUUUUUAAUAAAUUUUUAUAUAUAUGUAUAUCUAUAUAAGAUAUUGACGAUGUCAACGUCUCGACCACGACGAUCUGCAUAUUGUUAAUUUUCUCUUUUUGCGGUUUAAAUGAAUUUUAAAAGUUUCUUGCUUAUGUUUUUUUCUCUAUGGAAAUGUCCACGAAGUAAUCGAAGUAAAAACUAUGCUUUAUUUUUA